UAGCUUGUUUGCUGUACACCAUGUCACAUAGCAGCUUUUAGACAUUGUUCUGUUUUUUGUAAUAAGUCAGAAAUGACAAGGAGGCAGCCUCACGCAAUACAAAGUCAAAGGAAACUGUUGGAUUGCCCCCCAAUUUUUGAGUCAUAAUGCAAAUCAGAAUAUUUUCAAAAUAAUUGUUUGUUCCUCUGCUUUAUUAAGGAUAUUCCUUUAUAAUAUUAUUUAGAGGACGAAAAUAGAUAAGAAUAUAUUAAAUUUAAGAUUUAUUUAUCUUGAUUUAUUUAAAAUAUAUAUAUAUAUAUAUAUAUAUUUUUUUUUUUUUUUUUUUAUCAACUUUUGUUCAACAUAAAUUCAUGAGUUACAUGUGACAAAAGAGCUAAUCUUCGACUGAACAGCUUUGCUCCACAUGGGUUCACUGUUCUCGCAUUAUAAAACUCAGGUGAGAUAUUUUGACUGUCACCGCCUCCUCAAGUCAGGUAAUGAAAACACAUCCCCGCUGACAUAACACACAAGUUGUAUGGGGACUAGCAGGUAGCAGCCCUUUACUCGAGCAUUUUAUGUUUGUUAUCAUAACACAAUAAAAGCGUAGCACUUUAUAGUCAGCUUAUAACCGGACAACAGGAUGGUGAGCAGUAAGGUGGAGGUGACAAGGCGCGAAAUGCUACCUGAAGACACCGAACAGCCUGACUAUUCAUGCGACGGGUCACCGCUGCCAGCAAACCCUUCUUCAGAAGCAAGUGACCCGAAUCUACGGAUACCGACGCAGAACCGGUCAGGGGACAGUAACGCCAAGAAGAGCUGUCAAACAGGACCUAAAAAACACAAGUCCGCAUCUGAAAAGAAAUACCUCGGAGUUAGAGUGAAAAUGCCAGUACGGGACAUGCUCAGGAAUAUACGGAUAGCCAAGGGUAUUGACCCUAAAGAUCUGCUGGGAAAACAUUCUAAGGCAUCUAAAGGGGAUAAGAAACGAGUUACCACAGGAGGAAACCGGAGACGUAUUCUGAAGAAACAUCAAACAAAAGGUCUGGAGGAGCUUGCUAUUAUAGUAGAAGUGUUGGAGGAAGAUCUUAAGACCUGUCAGUCAUACAGAUUGCCAAACAAAACCCGUUCAGCCUCAUACUCUUCAGAGUUCUGGGUUGAAGAAGCAUCUCAACAGGGUUUAAUGAACACAUACGGUCUGGAGAAUGAGAUACCUCUGUCUCCAAGCUACUCUGCACCCUCCGAAACCUCCCCUGUCCAUUCUGUGUGCAGCUCUUACCCGUCCCCAACUUACAGCCAGGGUACUGAUGUCUUCUUUGGGAAUCAGGAAGAAUAUAGCAGUUAUGAGUCAGAUAAGUACAGGUAUGAUAAUCUAUAUGGAAUGACCUGCUCUCCUGCAAGCUCAUGUGAAUACCAAGUGCCCUCCCCACAAGAAUCAUUCCAUGCCAGUCCCAACCCAGAAGUCUGGGAGGUUUCUCCGCAAGAGAUGAAGUGUCCACCAUGGCCAUAUUCUCAGCAGGAGGAGUGGAGCAGUAUGACCUUUUUCUGGACUCAAAUGGAAAGAGAGGAAACAAUGCUGAAGAAGAUAUCUGACCAAGAGCUUCUUGCUGUAGAUGAAAACGGAAAGAUUCUUUUACACAGAGUUGUUGAGGAGGGAAAGCGAUCCCUUGUGUAUGUUAUUGCCAGAAGGAUGGUGGCUCUGAAGAAACUAGAUAUCAAAGAUUCAGAGGGAAAGACUCCCCUUCAUCUUGCUGCACAGAAGAAUCAACACUUCAUGGUGGCUGAUUUGGUGUCACUUGGUGCAAAUGUCAAUGCGAAGGACCGAUAUGGGAAAACAUGUCUCCAUCUCAGUGCAGAGAAUGGAUAUAUUCGAGUCUUGGAGGUCCUGAAAGGUUUAAUGAGAAUUGGUGUAUAUAUUAAUUUGGAGGAAAGAGAUGCAAACGGGCUCAGUGCGUUGCAGUGUGCAGCAGUGGCUCUUAACCACACUGUGCGGGAACUGGAGCUGUGUGAGUCUGCAGGCCAUCUUAGGCUGCACUCCCUUCGCAAGGAGCAGAUGAUGGAAACGCUAGAGUGCCUCCUUCAAAUGGAGUGCUGUACACACGCUCCGGAUCAUGGUCGCCUCAAUUUAAUGAACAGAGGUGUUGAUUCCAAGCAGAGUGAACAAGCAGCCUUCUUUCAGUCAAAUAAAAUCAAGGUCAGCAACAACAUGAUUUAGAAGUGGUUUGGCUCAUUUGCAGCUGCUUCUAGCAGAGUUGUUUUCUCUGCCUGGCCAGGCAGUGCUUUUAACUGACGGUAAAUGUUUUUGAGUGAAUACAAGCUUUAACCUGCCAAUGAAGACGACAUGUACGUGUAUAUAUACACAUGUAUUUUAGUUAUUGGUUACUUUUUUUUCUUUUUCUUUUUCUUUUUUUUUUUUUUGAGGAGGAUGAGAAAAGUCUUCAAGGCAUGGUUAAGCUAUGUAUUAUGCAACCAUAGGUUUUGUUAAGUGUUUAGGUGAAAAGUGAGGUGUAUCACUAUGCAAAAACACAAUGGUUGCCCAUUAGCUGGUUUCUAUGAAACUUCCACUGUUAGUUACGUUUGAGUAGCAAAAUGUUUUAAAAAGGAAAAAAUGUGGUAAGACAAAUGAGUCAUGCCACAGUUUCUAUUUGCUCCAAGAGUAAAUAGUUUUGAUAUUGAGGAGACUGUCAUUUGUACAUAUACUGGCAUACAAUGGCAAAAUGCAGUAACUGUGCCAACAAUGGAACUAGUGUGGUUUUUUUUUUUUUUUUUUUUACACUAUUUCUCUGAAUCUAGGAGACUUGGACAAAAAAUGCAGUUAUUGCAUUUUGCUUUUGCACAACAAUAUAUGUGGAUGAUUCCUAAAAGCAUUUACAACAAAAUUCUGAUACGUUCGUUCAAUAAGAAAAAAAAAAAGGGAUGCCUUAAAUUGUUCAAAAGUGACAGUAAAGACAUUUAUAAUGCUAUAAAAGAUUUCUAUUUCAAAUAAAUGCUGCACUUUAAUUAUUAAAGAAUCCUGAAAAAAAUUAGCAGUUUCUGCAAAAAUAUUAAGCAGCACAAAACUUUAAACAUUAAUAAUUAAAAUUUCUUGAGCAGAAAUCAGCAUAUUAGAAUGAUUUCUGAAAGAUCACGUGACACUGAAGACUGGAUUAAUGAUGCUGAAAAUUCAGCUUUGUCAUCUUUGACAUAUACAUUAAAAUACAAAAACAGUUCUUUUAAAUUCUAGUAAUAUUUCAGUUUUUUUUUUUACUGUAUUUUUGAUCAAAUAAAUGCAGCCUUGGUGAGCAUGAGACUAUUUUCAAAAACAUAAAAAAUAUAUGAUUUUUUGAUUUUCAAGGUAUAUGUUAGUAUUUGAGGUGAGAAGCUUUAAAAUAUUCUUACUUUUGGAAAAAAUUGCUUGUGUAAGAAACGGCUGUCCAUUUCUUAAUGCUGUAUUUUGUAAUAAUGACCUAACUAACCCUAACCCUAACCCUGAUUUAAGCUGUUCUUAAUAGCUGCUUCCUCUCUGACAGAAUAAAACCUAUUUUUUUGUGCAUUUGUUACUAUAAAAUGUUUCUAACAACACUGUAGUUGAAAUGGGUAACAGUUAUAUUCUUUAGUAUAUCUCAGAUUUUAUAUGUUUUGAUUGUUCUCAUUUCUGUUUCACUGUUUUACAUUAUUAAACCUACGCCAUGUAACACAGUUAAUGUUAUGUGGGCAUAUAGAGGGUGAUGCAUAUAUCUUGGAUAGUAAAUAUAAUACGGAUGCUGUAUGUAUAUGAUAUAUUUAGGGCUUUGUUUAUGCUUUAUUGUAAGACAUCCUGAGUGUACCGAAUUUUUUUUAUAUGAAUAUGGUUUUAAGGUAGCUCUUUAUUUUACAGUCCUGUUCCCCAUGUACAUACUAUGUACGUAUUACAGAAAUUAUAAUAACUGGGUAAUAACUAGGUGACCUACACCUAAACCUAAACUUAACCCCUGUAGUUACCGUGUAUUACUCAGUAUUUUAAUAGGUGAGUACACUGUAUGUACAUGCAAGUACACGUACUGUAAAAUAAAGUGCAACCGGCUUUAUUUUACAGUACACUAAAAAAAUAGACACAUAGCAUAUUAAUGGGAGCGGGUAGACUAUAAAUAGAAAUCAUAGCUGCGUUUUUUUUUUCUGUGAGAGACACUUUGAUUAUUAAUUUGUGAUCUUUCCAGACUUUUAAUUAUAAAUUCUUAUGUAUGUGUACUCAUACAGUAUAUUGUAUAAGAGUGUGUAUGUGAGUUUGUUCUGGACAUUCUUAAGCCAAUUAAAUACUUGUGGACAUUAUCAGAUUCGAGUGUGAACUGUUCGUGGAACCGAACUGACCCGUUUGGGCAAAAAAACCCAAAAACAAUAACAAUAGGGUGCAGCGCGCAGCACGCUAUCAUAUGGAUGUAAACAUGGAGGACACUGAAAUCAGCGUUUAACGUGUUCAUUUAUAAGCUGAUGUGCCGCAAAUUCGUGCGCAGGCGAUAAGGAGGACGAAUAUGAGGAGAAAGACAGCAAAGUUUUUCUAAAUUUCGUAGUUUUCCCUCAAGUUUUGCUUGCAUAGAGCUGUCACUGUCCUUUCACUUAAUACCGUCACGGCUGUCUUCCAUAUUAACUGACCAAAGAAGUCUUUGGAGUGACUCCCGUCCUCGGCGCGCAUAAUUGACUAAUGUCAAUUUGGAUUGAUGUAAAAGUGAUUCCAAUAUGACCGUUCAGACUGAGGUUGUAUUGCAAAACAUCCGACCUGUAUCUGAUUUAGUAGUACCACGUAUUGAAGUGGCUCAAAUCACAUUUGGUUUAGGCCACAUUAGCCUCCGGUCUGAACGUAGAUAAAAUGUCGAUUUGUGGAAACAAAAGUUGUUUGGCCCAUCUGUGAUUAUCUAUAAUCAUGCGUAUGCAGAAGAGAUUUUUGUAUUAUUGGUAUUUGGAGUUAUUUUUGCAUUACUCUGGGAAGAAGAGUUUUCAUAACUUAAAUUAUGAGUUUUUGGACUCCCAUCAGUCAUAUCUUGCGCAGGUCUGUGCCAGAGGCAUUAUGGGGCAGGUUUGUACAGAUGAGAUACCAGUGUAAUUAUCUGGUUGCUCUGUUGUUUUCAUCUUGACCCUGUUCUAAAGAGAGAGAUAGAGAGAGAAUAAGUAGCUAUGAUUAUAUGCCCUGUUACAUGCUGUUGGAAAAAAAAAAAUAAUAAAGCUGGUAUAUUUGACUACGA